AUGGUGUCAGCCCUUUUUGCUGAGUAAGACCAGAAUGCAUGUGGGGAUUGGAAGAAGGACCAAAUGCAAAUGCUAGUCUAUUCAGACCUCCAGACCUCUUCCUUUCAGAGGAAGACAUCACUAGGUCCACACCCACCCCACACUCUCUCUGACUAUAAAAUGCCCAGAUCUCUCUAGGGGCCUGGCUCUCUCUCCAUCUCAAUUCAACACAAGACACCACAACAUAGCCCCAUUUUCCCUCACAGGCUCACACCAUCGUUCCACAUCAAGAACACAAGGGAACAAGUCUCAGGAAAGAGCCAUGGCGUCCUACGACAAGACCAUCGCGACCGCGGCGUCGCUGGCGGCGUCCCUGAUGCUGGUGCGCAGCCUGGCGAGCGAGCUGCUGCCGUCCGAGGUGCGCGACAUGCUGUCCUCGGCGCUCAGCAACCUGCGGUCACGCAUGACGUGGCAGCACACCAUCAUCAUCGAGGAGACGGAGGGCUGGUCCAGCAACCGCGUCUACAACGCCGUCAGGGCCUACCUAGCGACGCGCAUCAACACCGACAUCAGCAUGCAGCGCCUGCGCGUCAGCAGCACCGACGAGACCGCCGAGAAGAUGGUGAUUAGCAUGGAGGCGGGCGAGGAGAUGGCUGACGUCUAUGGGGGAGUAGAGUUCAGGUGGUGCCUCGUCUCCCGUGAGGUCAAGGGCGACCCCAACAACAACGGCAAUGGUCAGAGGGAGAUCAAAUCCUAUGAGGUGAGCUUCCACAAGAAGCACAAGGAAAAAGCACUCAAAGAAUACCUCCCGUUCAUCGUGGCCACCGCCAAGGCCAUAAAAGACGAGGAAAAGAGCCUAAAUAUAUACAUGAAUGAGUACUCGGACGAGUGGUCACCAAUUGACCUCCAGCACCCCUCGACGUUCGCCACGCUUGCCAUGGACCAGAAGCAGAAACAGUCCAUCAUGGAUGACCUUAACAGGUUCAUCAAGAGAAAGGACUACUAUAGGAGGAUUGGUAAGGCAUGGAAGCGAGGGUACCUGCUGUAUGGUCCACCAGGAACUGGCAAGUCCAGCCUCAUUGCCGCAAUGGCCAACCACCUCAGGUUUGACAUAUACGAUCUUGAGCUGACUGGGGUUGAAUCCAACUCAGACCUCAGGAGGCUUCUCGUUGGGAUGACCAACCGAUCCAUUCUUGUGGUUGAAGACAUCGACUGUACCAUCGAACUGAAGCAGCGGGAGGACGAGGAACAAGCCAAGUCCAGCUCUACAGAAAAGAAGGCAGAGGACAAGGUAACAUUAUCCGGGCUGCUCAAUUUUGUUGACGGGCUGUGGUCCACAAGUGGGGAGGAAAGAAUCAUCAUCUUCACGACCAAUUACAAGGAGCGUCUCGACCCAGCACUUCUGCGUCCUGGCAGGAUGGACAUGCACAUCCACAUGGGCUACUGCACCCGGGAGGCUUUCCGGAUUCUUGCCAAUAACUACCAUUCCAUCGACUAUCACGUCACCUAUCCAGAGAUCGAAGGGCUGAUCGAGGAGGUGACAGUGACGCCUGCAGAGGUCGCUGAGGUUCUGAUGAGGAAUGACGACACCGAUGUUGCGCUCAGUGAUCUUGUCGUGCUCCUAAACUCAAAGAAGGAAGAUGCCAAUCAGAUCAAGAAUGAAAGUAAGCAGGUGGAGGAGGAGAAAGAUGCCAAUGAGAUGAAGACUGAAAACAAGCAGGUGGACGAGAAGAAAGAUGCCAAUGAGACGAUGGAUGAUUCCACAGAAGAUGAAAGCAGUUAGGAAUGAGGAAGCUAACGGUGAUCAAAGAGUGGUCGUAUCAUCUGUCCCCUGCGUACCAUGUACAUAGAUCCUACAUGAGAUCCAUUGCAAAAUAUGUGAUCAUUUUGACUACUAAUAACAUUGCGGAUUUGGAGCAGUGAGGCACACUGGUACUUAACACAGUGUGCUUCUGAAUAAUUUUGUAAGUACCGUUGUAACAAGUUGCAUAUAUGCAACAUGACAUCUUGUGAGCCAACUACAGAAACUAGUAACAAGUAUCCAGCCAGCCUUGGCCAUUUCUCGCCUA